AGAGCGAGGCUGGGCGUGCGGCGUCACGGCGACGGCCCCAAGCCGCGCCCCGGCACAGCAGCGAGAGGCAGCGGGCGGAGCGCAGCGGGCUCGGCCGGCGAGGCGACGGCGGCGGCGGGGAGUGGAGGCGCUGUCCGGUAGGAACGAGGGCGCUGGCCGGGCCCACGGGGGGUGGCGGUCGAAGGGUAAGGGAAGAGGGGGGCGUGAGGCGGGGAGCGGCGCGCUGCGAGGGAAGGGGCAGGAGCCUAGGAACAUGGCGGAGGAGGAGCCGCCGCCGCCGCCCGGCCUGAGGCGCGGGGCAGUGCGGGGCCCGGCCCUGUCGCCGCUACCCGCCGCAGAAGUUGGAGCGGAAGCGGAAAGUUGUAACCCCGCGGCUCGGGGCCGCUGGGGAGGGAAGGAAGAGAAGAGAGAGGAGGGAGGGGCGGGUGCCGCCCGGCCGGAGACGGGUCCGCGCUGCCGCCGCCGCCGUUGUCAGCGGGAAGUCCGAGCCGGGCCCCACCUAGUCCGGCCGCCCGCCGCCGCUUCCGGCCGCUGUGCCCGGGGGGGGGGUCCGCCCGGCGGCGGGGGGUGCGGCUGCAGCGCCCGGCCCUGCGCGGAGCGGCGCCGCCGGCGGUCAGCGGGUCCUGCCCCGCGGAACAACAGAAAGCCCGAGGGGUGGCGGGGAUUCGCGGAGCCCGAGGCCGGAAGGGACAGCGGUGUUCCUCGUCACGUCUGAACUCCGGCGGCGAAGCAAAUGGAAGAGCUCGAGGGAUGCUUCCUGCACCAAGCCAGCGGAACGCACACCCCCCACCCCCACGCCCCUCCUCCCCCCCCCCCCCCCCAUAAAAAAAAAUAUAUAUAUAUAUCCUCCCAUCGAAAUAUAUAUCCAGUAGAAGCGAAAGCAAAGUUUUCAGAGGGAUGAAAUGAAAUUGGAGUGUUUUGCUCUGGCCUCGGAUAACAAAAAGAGGAUAUAGCGCAGCGAGGCUCCUGCAGAAGCCAUCGGCGUGCUCUUUGCUCUUACUGCCCUUCUGUCUGCAGGUUGUGCUGCUCAAAGAGGGGAAAAAAGUCAUCCUUGGGGUGUGACAGCGAGGUGGUGCGAUUCCAAUAAAGAGGAUAUUUCAGAGACGCUCAGCUUGAAAAUUGCAGUUUCUGUGUGUGUUCCUGCAUUUAGAUGUUUUCAUUAGUGGGACUUGUUAUUUCCAGCACAUAGCAGCUAUAUUUUAUCCUAAUAGGAAGUACGUAGACGGAGAAUGACAACGACUUUUCAGUGCUCGUUUGUGGCAAAAUGUGCAUUGAAAUCACUUAUAGAAAAGAAAAGAAAUGUUCUUUUUUCUCCCUAAUAAAUUAUAAUUAAAAGGCAAAGGAGCAAUCACCUCAUCUUACGUUAGUAAUCAUUCGAAGGUAAAUUUAUUUCCCUUUUGAAAGUGCUGCUUUUCUUCUCUACAGAAAACUUGAAAGAUCAGCCCAGCGAUCUGCUUUUGGCCUUCUCUCUGUGCUAAAAUCUCAGGCUUUUGGAAAACAAAACUUAAUUUCUGGAACGCUCAAGAGGUUUCGCUUUAUUCAUUACUUUUUUUUUUCCUCCCAUCUCGCUCAAAGUCUGUGCUGCAGACUUCACUCUAGCUAAAAAAUGGGCUGUGUGUGUAGUGAAGGCUGCCUGGGUUGCUCACAUCAAAGGCUUUGCAAAUAAACUUCCUAAAUAAUUACGUGCGAUGUUCUUUCCCUGUUACCUGUGCGUUUCAGAGAUGUUCUGUGUAGUGGUAUGAGCUGCUUCAAGUUUAGCUUGCAACUAUAAUGUAAAGCUUUGUGAUUAUCUGAGUUCCGAGUUGCUCCAUGUUCUAUAAAGGUCACGUAAUCUAUUUUAUUAUUUUUGUGAGUUUUCUUUGUUUUUUUUUUUUCUUUUCAGCAAAGCUGAUCAUACUCGAAGCACCUGUCUGCCUGGGGGUGGUGUGAUCUGCAAAACAGAGUUGAAAGACUAUAAGCUUAAAAACAGAACUCGUAUAUGAAAAAGACAAAUGGUCUUUUGUACUGUUUGUAAUUGGGCGUCUUGCUUCUGUUACUAUAUACCCUCCCCAGAUUAAUUUUCUGAGCUGUAUUACAAUUCUGUGAUUUUUUGUUCUCAAGCUCUUGUGCAGGGCAGUUCAUCAAAAAUAAAUCUCAGGCGAGCCAUGACAGCUUUCUUUGUGCUGUGCUAGUUUUGCAGAGUGAAACUGACUGACUUUUUAAUUGAGCGCCUUUCUGGAACAGAGGCGAGCAGAUGGGAAUCUAGGUGAGAGCCUACAAAAGGAAGAAGAAAUUCCUGAGGAAGGAAGUGUGCUGAAGAUGACUUGGCUUGUGAUCUAGCAGUCAGUAAGUGUGGGAGCUAAAAUAGGCGGCUGUCCACCUAUCAUCUGGAACAUGAGAAGUGCAGGAGUCACAGAAGUACUUGGGUGCUCAGCCUUAACUGCUGUAGUGCGAACCCUGUCGUCAUAGAGUGCUGCUAGCUGCUCAGAGAGGUGCUCCUGGGGCAAGGAUGCCAUAUAGGUAAAAGCACUCCUCCUGGGGUGUAUGGUAAGAGGGGUGAGUGGGUGCUCUGUGAAUUGCCCAGUAAUGCCGAGGUGACCUUCAGAUACCUUACUGGCUUCUGAGAGCGCUUUAAUUCUCCAGGGUACAUUCUGCAAUUUCUCUCAAGCUUUUGUGAGUUUUAAUCAAAAUUGCUUUUUCAGUAAACAGAAUGCUAAGUAUACCCCGUGCAACGAAAGUUUAUAUUUAGCUUGUGGUUGGAAGCGGUGCCACUCUUCUGCCUCAGAACAAGUGCCAAAGCAGACUGAAGUAGUCCGUGUAUUAUCGGUGUGUUGAGUCCCUGCUGAGCUGGGGCAGGUUUCUGCUGUGCUUUGUUGCAUCUAGGUCAGGUGGAGGGAUUUUUUAGUCAGCCUCCUCCUUUGAAGAGAUUGAGAGAGUAUCUACAGAAGCUACACAGUCCCAUUUGAAGGCAGACUUUGUUGACUGCUCAUACGUGGUUGAGAUGGUCUGUUUCCAUUCUUUUUAUGUAAAGCAGGGAAAAGGGAAGGUCUUUUUUUUUUUUGAGUGCUUUGUAAGUGACAGCUCUCAAAACUGUUCAGUGAUUGAGUGCAGAAGAGCUGGAGUAUCUCACUGGAUGUGUCUCAUGUAUCACUUUUGUCUCAGGGCCUGUCAAACAUAAGAAAACUGAGGGGGGGAUAGGCAUAGUAAAAAUUAUGUUAUUAAAAGUCUGUGAUACUUUGCUUGCUGUAGGCAAGCAGAGUUGGGAGCAAGUCAGAGGCUUUGGUGGCACAAGUCAUUUCUUGAUGGAACAGCUGAAUGAGGCUGCCUUAAGUAGUGGCAGCGAGCACUGGCCUGGAGCCCACAUCUUCCUUGCUUUAGAAUACCCAGAGAACACUGGGUAACUCAAAGGCCUUUUUCUCUUUUUUUUUUUUUCUUUUUUAAACUGUGUGCACCUCUUUGUGAAUGUGGUUGUGAACUUUUGACAUUCUGCAUGGUCUUCUGGCGACACGGAAGGGGAAGAAGGCUGUAAGCACCAGGUUGGCAAUCUGCCUCUCAGGCAACUUUUGAAAUACAAAAUGAUUUGGGGGCCCUGUAGCUAUUCAGAACGCUCUCUUUCCAUAGGCAGUGGUUUUUAGCAGUAGUUUUCAUUGCUGAAGCAGCAGAGUGGAGGUACUGCAGGGCCUACAGAAAAGUGUAUAGUGGAGUUAAAGGAACUUUCUUAGUGUUGAACCAGGAAGAAGAGGUGCUUGGCAGUAUCUGCUGUAUUGUUCCAUUCAGCUUUCUAGUUAUUAAUCUAAGGAGUUCGUGUCGUUUGAAGUAAGUCCCUGCUAUGCAGCUAUGAAAAGACUGCCAAUUAAGUACACAUGGUUAGUUCAUUCUUGGCCAAGCAAGGAAGGCCGGAGCAUAGUGCAGAAGUGGGAAAGCCCAUCCUUUCUGAUGAACCCUUGCGGUACUGUACAGAGAAACAGCAUCUCGUGUUUCUCUGCAGACUGAGAUUGUCUUUAGGGAUCACUGGGUAUCAUUCCUGCAGCUGUUACAACACAGAAAGGUGUUCCACACCUUAAUUAUUUGACCAGUCCUUCUGCAAAAAGGAUAUUGCGUGCCAGCGUUGAUAAUUCAUGAAAUACCUUUCAAUGUAACCCUAAUCUUAGAGCCAUAUGAAACUUUAUAUCACUAAUUUUCUGGACAAUAUUGAGGAACUGGAACAGGGGAACAGUUUAUUUUCAUAACUAAGGAGAAACCUUCAAGCAAGCAUCUGUAAUUACAAUUUCUGUUUUCUCAUGGAAGCUCUGAAGAAAAUGUGUUCUUUGCAUCAACAUUUGUAGACGCUGUGAACAUAACUUUAGUUGCUUUAACCAUAAGCUUUUAUUAAUCUUUGUUUUCGGCAGGUAGUCUGGAAUUAAAGGUAGAGAUGUAGUUGAAUAACACUGUUUUCUCUAGCGUGGCUUUCCUCAUAACUUUAUAUGAAAUUAGUUGGUCAAAACUUUUUUCUUAAAUGGAUGUGCUCUCUGUUGCCCAAAUAGUGUAUGUUGGCCAGCCUUCUCUCUGCUUAAUCCAUCCUAACUUCCAAAUGCAGAUAGUCUCUGCAGGUGUUCCUUUUUGUUGCUCUGUAUUAAUGUCUUAGCUUUUCAGGUUGGUUUUUUUUUUCCACUCAGUCAUCUUCUGCAACCUCAUUACUUGCGCCGUAGCAUUUCCCAUGCCUGCAAUGAAGGGGAAUUUCUCAAAGCAGUCUUCAUAUAUCAAGAAGAAACAAGGGGUGUGACCAUAUCUGUCUGGAAGAUGAGUAGCAGAUGUGUUUGUUAUUAGCUUGGAGCUUGAGAGGGAGCGUACAGGAGGGAGAAGUAGGACCAGAACAAUGCUAGGUGCAGUACUUAAGUGCUACUGAAUUCAGUGUUCAGUAGAUGCAGGAUCAGACCGGCUACAACCUUUUUUUAUAAAGACAUUGUGUGCCAUCGUAUUUUUACUUAAGAUGAAGCUGAUGUGCUGUCUGCUAUUUGAGCUGCCUCAGAACCUGGACAAUACUGGUAGCUACAUCGUAUGGUCGUGCACUUCUUGCUUGCAGUUAAACUUCUGUAAUGCCUGGUCUAAUACUUUCCCCAAAAGUGAUUCAUGGGAAAGCUAGUGGAAAGUUGCAACAUAUCUUGUUUUGAUGCUUUUUCUUAAUGUUGAGAAGGGCAAACCUGAAUGUAGAAUGGAAGCAAUCCAGUAAGUGGAAGUUACUUAAGAAUUUUACUUUCCACAAUACAGUAUUUAGGACAGGAUUUAUUUGUUUACAAGGUGACAUAGUUGGGACUGAGCUGCAUGCCUGUGUGUCUAGGUUACAUGGUUAAGUGCAAGGGCUGCCCAGUGACAUACUGGACAGGAAUCUCUUGCUUAUUAAUCUUAGGACCAUUAAAUAGGUAAUGUGAAUCGUUAAGACAUUUUAAGAUGCAGUCAGUAACCCUCCUCUGAUCUUUCGUUAUGAAACUGCUUACAACAUAACGUUCCAAAAGCUUCAUGUCCUUAAAAAAGAUGACCCAUAAAACACAGCCUGCCUAGUUUCUCGUGAUUGCUUACUGCAUGCAAUAUUGUAGAAGGAUUUUGUUAGGGUCGGAGAUGUAUAUAAAUUAAUAUGGCUUAUGAUAUCUUGAUUCUUAUGCCUCUGCAAUUGUAUUUAAAUAGUGUGUAUCUACACCAUUCUAGCUUUCUGUCACCCUUCUGACUUGUUUAAAAUGGAGAAUUAUUGGUGGACAUGAUGUUCUUAUCCUGGUGAGGGAAUGGUCUGUCUGUUUAUGCUUGUUAUUCUAUUGGUGCAAGUGUAUGGAAAGCGCUAUGUGCUUUUGUGGAUUUUAGGAUGAGCAGCAUCAAAAACUUGAGAUCUCUGCUAGUUUGAAUUUGUCUUGAUAGUUCUUGCCCGUAUUAUACCAAUCCGUGAAUGAACUUCCAAAAUAGUUUAACAUGAGCAUUAUUCAUGGAAUAUAAGCACACAAUGUGAGCUGCCUUGUGUUCUUAGUGUGCUGUGAAAUGCUUUGCUAAAAAUCCAACUUCUGCUGACUUCAGUUACUUGAGAAUACAAUGUACUUCUAGAAAUUGAUGCCAAAUUGUCAUCUUAACACUUGGUAGAAUAUGAGAAGCUGUGCAGACAUCCUGCGGCAUCUAGUAGGAGCGCUGGAAGAGGCAAGAAUAGCUGGUUAGUCAUGCUGGAGAAUCACUCUUCUGCCCUUCUUGUAAAGCUUUUUUGACUUAUACUGCAGGUUAGGUGGCAUCUUGCCAAAGAAGAGGCAAGGGGCGUCCUGUUAGUUGACCUCCAUCAUUCAAGGUGUUGAAGAAGUUUGUAGCCCAGCAGUGGGAAGCUUGUAAUCCCCCAAUAAAUCCGGGCAUUUGUAACUUCAAUUUUUUUUUUUACUAGGUCCUUGAUCUUCAAAUGCUCUUAGUUUUGAUGUAGAAAUUUCUACUUGCUUUUUAAAUAUACAAAUGUGGGAAUUGAGCAUUUCUGAAUCUUUGUUUUUAUAGAACCAUAGAAGGACCACAAAGAUCAUCUAGUUUUAACCCCCCUGCUAUGGGCAGGGUCACCAACCACGAGACCAGGCUGCCCAGGGGCCACAUACAACCUGGAAUUGUUGUUUUUGUUCAUUGCGUGCUCUUUCAGUUCAUCUUUUCACCUUCCUUGUAUUUGAGCAUAUCCAUUGCUUUUUUUAUGAUCCUCUUUCCUUUUCUCAUCUCCCUAUGCUUUUUGUUUCAGGAAAUGACCUGAGCUGUGUUGGGGUUGUGCCAGAGAUCUUGUGUAGAAAACAUGUGUAACAGCUGAAGUUCUGCAAAAACGGAGUGACUGAAGGCAGUUUCAAAGUGAAACGCUUUAGGCCGCUGUAUGUGGUAGCGUUUGGCAUCUUUGCUUUUCAUUAGUUUCUUAAGACUCGGGCAAGAAAUGCUGUAACUAUGAGAGUAGGAAUUAGAGUGAAUAAAUAGAAUAUUACAUGUGAAAAACAAUAAGUAGGUUGUACAGUUUUAUUCCUGACGAAGAUAUGAAGCUCCUGAAGCUGCCUUUUCCUUUUCUGUUAGGAAUGUGAGCUCUGUCCAGAGAGUUAACGUGCAUGUCAUGUUGAUUCUUCAGUAAUUUGCCCUCGCUUAGGUACAGCAGCUAAUACUUUGAACCAAGUACAGUCUUGCUCGCUAGAAAUACAUCCUGCUCUUAGCCGGAGGCGAGAUCAUGAGAUGCAGUUUACAAUUCUUUUCAAAUUUGUCAAGUUUAAACUAUUUGUAAUUUCAGCUAAUGUAAUUCUGCCUUGGUUAGCCUUGCUGUGAAGUACGUUUGUAAAAUGAAAUUCUUUGGUGGACUUUUCAUAAAGGAAAGCCAAAGUCUCUUUUCCGAGCUGAAUGCCCGGUUGGCUAUGACUAAGGGUUGAAGCUGCGGGACCAUUCACAGCCUUAUCUCCAGACAGUUGAAGUCAUAGAUCUUGAGAACCAGAGAGGAUGCAUUGGGUGUAUUGGGAACACCCUGAGCGAUGUGGAAAUAUGAGUGUGUGGUUUCACGGAGGAUAAACUUGCUUCACUGGAACACUCAGGGUAGACUGAGAAGUUGUUCUUCCACCCAGGCUUUUCCCAAAAGAUAGGUUGUUUUGUGAUGCAUAUCUUUAAUUUGCUGGGAGUGAAACUGUUUCAAUAAAAGGUUUAUAAUGUAGCAGAAAUAUUGCUCAAAUAGCAUGGCGACUGUCAUAGUAUGUCCAGUAGAUGAUACUUAGAUGACCAGACAUGCAGGUUUGUAUCUAGAAAGAUGUUCCUAUCCAAACCUCUGGAGCAGAUUUAAAUUUCCAGUAUGCUUUGGACAUCUUUUGCUACCCUGUGAAAGUGUGGGCUUUAUUUAACUCAGCAGCAAAGCAAAUCUUAAGUACUACAGGUUUCUCCAGUAAGUGAAAAGCUUUGAAGGUGCAGAGGAACUGUAACUGUGGUCUAAACAAGAGCUAGGCUCCUCUUAAGGAGAUUCAAAUAGACUCUUGUGGAGACUUGAUUAAACAAAUGCAGCCCUUACUAAUUUGGUAACUCACUAAGGAUCUACUCCAUGUAAUAGUGGUGUGGGGAUGAGUGUGAUUCAAAUUCAUUUGGCUAACAUUAUUCAGCUUUGUGUGUAGGUGUCAUUCUGUCUUGAAGCUCAGGCUUCCAAACAUGAAUUGCUUACCUUUGGGCUUCUGCUUGUAACUGUCUGAUGUUUUUUCCCCUCUCUUGGAAAUUUCUGAUCCGUUAAAUGAGAUUUUUGGAGGACUGUCUGGAGAUGCAUCAGCUGCUCACAGAGCAGAUGCAGAACUACAGCCUGGCAUGUGAAGAUAAGCCACCCUUUAUUUCACUGAUUUUUAAAAUACCCUUCUAUGAAGAUUGCAACAACUUAGCAGUUGCCUCCAGAGCAAUUCAAGUUGUCUGUACAGCAUCUGUAGGUGAGCAAGGAUGGUGGGGGUAAACUUAGGCAGUUGUCUUCUUCCAGUUAGGGUAUGUUUGAUAGGUUGAUGCCUCCCUGUGUCCCCUCCUCAGGAGCUGCAGAGAGCGGCGAGGUCGCCUCUCGGCCUCCUUUCCUCCACGCUGGGCAGCCCGGUGCCCUCAGCUUCUCCUCACAGGACAUGUCUCCUGCCCAAGUUUCAACCACUUCCUUUAAGUGUUUCAUUCUUGCACAAACUCACCUUCAUUAGUGGAUUUGGCUAAAAAGUUAACUGUGAAGAUAAGCAGUUAAGAUGCCUCCAUUAUUGCAGAAGUAGAACCACUGUGUGGCGGAAGGCAGUAGCUAUUGCUGGAUGUUGAUAUGUUUUCUUUAUUCUUUUUUUCCUACCCCUUCCCUCCACCCGCCAGCCUCAAGACAAGAGUCACAAGCUUCAAAAAGAGGAACUGCUUAGGGGAUUCAGUAUAACUUGAGUAACUGAGAGAGAUGCUUGCUCAUAUUCAAAUACUGUAUUUCUAUUAAGGACGCGUUGAUGGACAGUUCUAAAUGGACAUGAGUUACAAUUACUUGAGACUUCUUUGGUAUGGUUCAUUUAUCAUAGAAGAACUAAUUUUGUUCCUGUUAAUGAUUGCUAGUACCUAAUAUUCUUAAUUUACAUAGGAUUAGUGUCCUUUCAAUAGCUGAAACUUUUAAUCAUAAUUAAAAUGAUGCCCAAGAAUUGGAAGACUUCUUGGGCUACUAACCUGGUUUGUGAUAGAGUGACUGUAAAUCAUGCAGCAGAGAUGGGGCACUGUAAAUCAUGCAACUUGUCAUAAAUUGUAUUUUGAAAUGCAUGAUUUUUCCAGGAUCUUAUGACAUUGUUAGCUUCUCAGGGGAUUAUGACAUUUUCAGGUGAUUAUUGAAGAUUUUUACGUAAAGGAACUACACCAGCCAGUCUUAAGAAGCUAGUAACAAAAUAGUGUAAUUAAGAAGAAAAUCUGUGUAUAGAAUCAUAGAAUGGCUUGGAUUGGAAGGGACCUUUCAGAUCCUCUAGUUCGAGCCCCCUGCUGUAGGCACAGGCACCUCCCUCUGGACCAGGCUACUCAAAGGCCCACCCAGCCUGGCCUUGAACGCUUCCAGGGAGAGGGCAUCCACAACCUUGCUGGGCAACCUGUUCCAGUGUCUCACCAUCCUCACAGUGAAGACUUUCUUCCUAAUAUCUAGUCUAAACCUACACUCUUCCAGUUUAAAGUCAUUUUCUCUUGUCCCGUUGCUACAUGCCUUUAUAAAAAGCCCCCCCCCCAGCUUUCCUGUAGGCCCCCUUCAGGUACAGGAAGGCCACUGUAAGGUCCCUCUGGAGCCUUCUCCUCUACAGACUGAAGAGCUCCAGCUCUCAGCCUGUCCCUUUAGAGGAGGUGCUCCAGCCCUCUGAUCAUCUUUCUGGACCUGCUCCAACAGCUCCGUGUCCUUAUUGUGUUGGCGGCCCCAGAACUGGACACAGUACUCCAGGAGGGGUCUCAUCAGAUCUGUGUCCAGAUGAUGUAGCAGUAAUGUAAACAAAUCGGAUUAAACCCAAUGUCUAAUACUGAAGAUACUGCAGGUAGUCAUACCUUGGUCUAUGAGAAUGCUAUCUCAGGCUUUGCCCCACGUGUAUUUGAUAUGUGGAUUAUAGAGAAAAAUCAACAGUAGGGACAAAGAUUGAGGAAGUAUUGGAAUUGUGGCCGGACUGUGCAUUUCCUUAUGUUUAAAGUUGAGAAGGCCUUGAAAGUUCAGCAGCCAGUGUCACAGAGUAGAGCUGGCAUUGCCACAUGUAACAUGAGCACCACAUGGAAUUGGAGGGCAGGUCUGUUUCUGGGACAGAAGUGAAGCUGCCUUUUUCCAAAGCUGAGUCUCUUAAGCCAACUUGACAGGUUUGUUUUGUUGGUUUUUUUUUAAGUAAUUUCCAACUGCAGAGAUGCUUUUUUUUAAUAAGGGAAGUUAUCUCAGCUCUGAAAGCUUGCACACCUUACUUGUAGUCCUGCUAUUUCAAUCAGCUUUUGUAACUCAAAAGGUAAAAUUUCCUUUAACAGAUACAACAGUUGCAAGGAGAAACAAAUGCUUGUAUGUGCUGUUAAUCAGAAGGAUGCAGUGGGAGGUGCAUCAGGUAUUGAGGGCGAUUUCUCUCUUGCACCAUGCGUGAAUACAAGCUAGUGGUUCUUGGUUCUGGAGGUGUUGGAAAGUCUGCUCUGACUGUACAGUUUGUUCAAGGAAUAUUUGUUGAAAAAUACGAUCCUACGAUAGAAGACUCCUACAGAAAGCAAGUUGAAGUAGAUGCGCAACAGUGUAUGCUUGAAAUCUUAGAUACUGCAGGAACAGAACAGUUUACAGCAAUGAGAGACCUAUACAUGAAAAAUGGACAAGGUUUUGCAUUAGUAUAUUCCAUCACAGCACAGUCUACGUUUAAUGAUUUACAGGAUCUAAGAGAACAGAUUCUUCGAGUCAAAGACACUGAUGAUGUGCCUAUGAUUCUGGUUGGCAAUAAGUGUGACUUGGAAGAUGAAAGAGUUGUGGGAAAGGAACAAGGUCAGAACCUAGCAAGGCAAUGGAAUAAUUGUGCAUUCUUAGAGUCCUCUGCAAAAUCAAAGAUAAAUGUUAAUGAGAUCUUUUAUGACCUUGUGCGACAAAUUAACAGAAAAACUCCAGUGCCUGGAAAAGCACGCAAAAAGUCAUCAUGUCAGCUACUUUAAUACAUAGCUGUACUGUAGCUCUGAGCCAGGUCUGAAGAACUGUUGCCCAAUUCAACAGUGCCAGCAUUCCAACUUUAUUAAACCUACCAACAUCUUAAAUGGACUUUCCUGUGGUGGUACCCUUUAAGAAAUGGAUGAAAGCUACUACAUCAGUUUGCACAUUCUAAUCACUUUCCAGUGUCACGAGAGAUUUUUACUUAUAAAUAUUCUAAGUGUAUGCAACUGGUAAAACCAGAGCCUACAUCCAGUAUUACUGAUAAGAGACAUUGUUCAUCCACCAAUGUUGUACAUGUAUGAAAACUGUGUACUGUAUACUUCAACAAUCCCCACUUUCUAUUGGAGAGUACAAUAAUGUAAAUCCUAAAAGCACCACUAUUUUAGCAUAAUAAAAGAAAGUCCAAAGAGCUCCUAUAUAGACUACUCCAGAUAACUUUGCUUCAUCGGUAUUUGUAGCUUAUUGUAACUUUUUUAAAGAAAUACAGGAUCAUCAUCAUGGUAUUGUACAAAAGCGCUUUGAUUAACACAACAGCUAUAUAGUUUUUUAAUUUUAGGAAAAACCUGUGGAGACAGUGAUCUAGUCUUUAAGAGUCCUUUCAGUAUAACGUCUGACUAAAGACAUGGCCUUUAAUAUCUGUUGGGAAGGAAAUGUCCAGACUUUUCAACCUUUUAUUGUAUGUUUCCUUUUCCUUGUUUACAUAGGGAACAAUGUUUAUAGUUGUGUGUACAGUGGGGGUCUACAACAAGAAGUGUAUAUUUUAAAACGAUUUUUUAAUGAUUUAACAAUUUUUUGUAAAUCAUUUUCGGGCUUCUGCAGCUGUAGAUUCUCACUGUGAAUUCCCUUGCUUGCUCAUGCAUAAGUGUAUUUGCAAUACCAAAUAUACAGGUUUAGUACUUUUGCCUGUUAGUGAUUGUUUUACAUGUGUAACGUUUUGGUUGAGAUGUUAAAUGGUGGAAGAGUACUGUGGAUGUGAAUGUGGGAAGUAAUUUUAAUCAUGUGUAAUUGGUCACAGGGCCUAAGUUGCAGUAAUUAACUUUUUGCUGAUUUAUUUAACAAUGCCUUGUUGCUUUGUAUGCAUUAACGUUUGGGUGUAAAGAUUGUGUGUAUAUCCAACAGGGAGCCACAGUAUUUAAAUUGACCAACCUAAUGUUACAACUGCUUUGAGGUGGCCAAAUGUAAACUAAAAGCCUUAAUUAAAGUGGUGCAAUUUUGUAUGACUUAGCAUCAGUAGUUCAAUAAAUUUGGAUUGCCAUGCAAGGGCUUGCAUUACAGUUAUAUACUACUUGAAUGUUUUGUGUUUUGGUAGAGCUAGUAAAUAUCGAUUCUAGAUCUCUUGCACAGUGCAGACUCGCAUCAUAUGAUGAAGAGAAACACUUAUUGCUUUGUCUUCUGACAAAUACAUGCCACAGAUACUUCUUGUAAUAGCAUCACGUGUACUAGGGCGGAAGAAUUUCUGAGUGAAACUUCAUUCACUGCUUUGGACAUGGAAUAUUUGAAAUGCUAGUAUAAGACUAGCUCCCUUACAGAAAAGUGUGUUCUCAAAAGUAGACCAGCAGUGACUUUUUUUGGGAAACUAAGGAUACGUUGCCUGUUUUCCUUCUUUCCAGGAAGAACUGAUGGUUAGAAUUAAGGGAAAAAAUAUAAAUCUUGGGAGAAAACAUGAUUUUUUUUCUGGAUGAUGAAACCAUAUUCGUUUGGUUUCAGGGAAAUCUGCAGAAGAGCAUUCUUGAAGUAUUAAGUGUAGUUCUGCAGACUUCACAGUCCAACAGCAUUAACAGAUGUAAAGUGGAAUGCAUGGACUAUGGAUGAUCUCCUGAUCUUGGCUGUGCUUUUGAAAACUGUCACACCCAAAUACUUGGUACUCUUUCUUUUUUCCUCUGGCACGGAAUUAUCAGAGCUUGUUCUAAUUCCUUCCAGCAAAAUCAAAUCAGUUUAUCUCAAAACUUCCCAGCCUUAGCUACUUCACUACCCAAAUUGAAUUAAAGAGGCCGUAUGGGCCAUCCUUCUGGUAAUUUUGUCAGUCACCACCAUUUUUUAAUGGAGGUAGUAUAGUCUUUCACUGUGCAGAGCUGGAAUUAAGACUGAAAGUUUCUCCCCUUUGUCAGAACACGUGGCUGAUCCCCGUAAAUGGAUUUUGGUACACUCUGCCUUCUGAUUGGUCCCCAGGGCAGGUUAGGUUCGAGCAGUGGGUGCUUUAGUGAUUUUUGGUUAUUUUUUUCUUUUAAGCUUGAUAGUGAUUAGCUUGUCAAGGAGGAAGGCAUUUCUCUUCCUUUUGCUUCUUUCACUUUCAACAUCUGCUUAUUCAGGUCUUCAGUGCUUUUAUGUCCCAGUUGUCGUUAUCUCUGUUUUUUAAUGUUUCUCUUCUGGGCAGCUGUACAGAUGGCAGUAGGAGGGAAGGAGAGAAAAUCUUCAAUAACGCCAGAGGAAGCCUUUGCUUGGUCUCGGUGUCCAACCAAAAAGUACUGAUUAUAAGGAAUGUCAGGCUUUGUACUGAAAGCUCUGUUCUGAAACAUUCUUUGUUGCUCUGUGGAGUAGUAAACAUACAAUGCCUCAGCGUUAGGAGUAGUCUGUUUUGAUCAAGCCACAGGGAUGUUAAAAUUUCAUAGAAACUCUACACUUUUCCAUUCAAAGAUUCUGCUGAAGAAGCAAAAUACACUUUCACCAACACUUAGAACUCAGGCUAGACUUGCAAAAUCAAUGAAUCUUAACCCAGGUGGCAACUAAAAACCAUUAUUGUUCUCCUUGAAAGCCUUAAAGGGAACGGUGUCCCACUUGUUAAAGGGAAGAUGCCUGGCAAAGUGAUGGACAUGAAGCAUAAGGGGAAAAAGCUUGAAGUUAUUUUCUUCAUAUCUAAGUAAUUACAGUAUAAGAAGCUGUUCUUGCUGAGGAAGUGAACAUCCAGUUCCUCCCGGGAAUUGGAGCUGUAUAAGCAUUUAAUUCUAGAAAAGAAUCCUGUCUGCUGAAGGUUUUUGAGAACUUUUACUUGUCUUCAGGAUACCUGCUUUCUGUGCUACACUUAAAAAGUUCACACUUGAACUACUUGUGUAGAAGCAGAUCACUUCUCUUAAAGCUUUGGAUAAAAGCCUGCGUAAUUCAUUUCAGAAAACUAAUGCAGUAAUUUUCCAAAUUGAGUAUUAAUACAUGUGUAUUACUGCCUGUAAAGUUAGCUUAUGCUUACAGUGCGCACAAAGGUUGACUGCUUUAUUUCCUACCUAUCUGGAAUUGGUGUAUGUCGGUAUUUAAAUGUCUGAGCUUUCUAUGGAAAAAGUAAUGUUUAUGUCCAGAAAUAAUGGAAUUGCACUCUUCCUAUUAGGACUUUUCAGUCUACAUUUAUUUCUUCUAACUUGUUACUAAUGCCCUUCUUCAUUCUCAAAUUAUUCUGUGAAAUGAAUGUCUACUCGCCUAAGUUACGGGAAUAUUUUGAGACUGCAAGAUGUUUUCAGAAGCCCAAAUGAACGCACUGUAAACUCAAACUACUACUGCUCUUCUGCAUAAGAAAAACAUAACUUCUGGAAAAGUGUUGUAGAGAUAGAUGUUAAGUUUGUUUCAUAAUAUGUACUGAUACUGCGAUGCUAGAAGGAGGAGGUGGGAACAGAAUAUUGUUGGAAUUUUGAUUAAAGCUGUGUUUUUCGCCUGUA